CAGACCUGCGCUCUCAGGCUGAGGCGGUUACAGUGCUGCGGCAGUGCGUCUCACACGCUCUCUCAGCUCCAGGGAAUUCCUUCCGGCGACCGUGGCGGGGCGAAGGACAUGGGCGAGGCGAUCGGCCAGAAGUCAGAAGCCGCAAAGAGGCUGAAAGAGCGGUUCCUGCGGGCGCUCCAGCGCGACGACGCGGAGGAGGUGCAGAAGAUCCUGCACUCCACCAACAUAGACAUCGACACCGUGUUCGAGGUGGAGGACAGGAGCAUGAUCCUGGCAUCGUACAAGCAAGGUUACUGGUUGCCUGGAUACAAGCUGGAGUCCUCUUGGGCUAUGGGCCUCCACGUUUGUGUGAUGUAUAACUCCCUGGCGAGCGCCUUGGUGCUCCUGGAGAGAGGGGCGGCGGUCAACCGGAAGCCCAACGGGAAGACCCCCCUGCACGUGGCGUGUGAGGUGUCUAACGCUGACUUUGUCACCCUCCUGCUGAACCACGGAGCCAGGGUCAACAGCGUCUCUCUGAGCGGGCACGCGCCUCUACACUACUGCACCACCAAGGAGUCUGUGGACUGCGCCAAACAGCUCAUUCUUAAAGGAGCGCAGGUGAACAAACGGAGCGACAACAACGACGAGGACACGCCCCUGCACACCGCGGCGCGGUUCGGCCUCCCGGAGCACAUCGCCCUGUACGUCCGCCACGGCGCCCACGUGGACGCGCCGAACGCGCGGUCCGAGACGCCGCUGAUCGUGACGGCCUUCUGGGCGCUCAGCCUCCGCGAGCAGCUCUACAGCCCCGACCACCACCUGGUCUGCCGCAUGCUGCUGGACUACGGCGCCGUCGUCGACCUGCAGGAGGAGGACUACAAGACCGCCCUGCACAAGGCCGCCUGGAACUGCGACCGUGCGCUCAUGCAGAUCCUGCUGGAGGCGGGGGCCGACGCCCGCGUCAUGGACAUCAACGGCUGCGCGCCCAUCCAGUACGUCCUCAAGGUGACGCAAGUGAGGCCCAUGGGGGAGCCGGAGGUCUGCUACCAGCUGCUGCUCAAUCACGGCGCGGCGAGGAUAUACCCCCCCCAGUUCCACAAGGUGUUGUAUGCCUGUUAUCAGUGUCCUCGGGCUGUGGAAAUACUGAUAAACUCAUACGAACAUAUCAAAGCCACAAGGAAAUGGAGAAUGGCUAUUCCUGAAAGCACAUACCAGCAACACCGUGAUUUCUAUGACUCUGUAUUUGCUGUGUGCAGCAACACACCACGCACUCUGCUGCAUUUGGCCAGAUGUGCAAUUCGGGCACAUAUGUCCAACAGAUGCCACCGCGGGAUCAAAACACUGCCCGUUCCACAUUCAAUGGAGAGAUACUUACUGCUGGAACCAGAAGGAAUCGUUUAUUGAGGUGUCAUACCUCUAAAGGUCCAUUCGAGAAUUGAUAGUCCUUCAGGACUGCAGAAUACUGAGCGGAAAAUUUCAGAAGGCAAAUAUCUGGUCGGAGAAGUUUUCAAAAUUAACCCAUGGUCAAACUUCAGACAAGGAUUGCAUUUUCAAUAAAGGGACCAUUUUAUAAAUAGUUCAUAAAUAAUUUCUGAGAAGUUUUCUUCAUUUGUGUCCCCUCCCCUCUCACAGGUUAAGAAAAACAUUGUCAACUCUGAACAUUCAUAAAAAGCACUUAAAGAACCUUAACUUUGUAUGUAAUAUAAAAAGAACACUCACUCCUGGGGCUCAAAUGAAGAGAUUUUAAAGAUGGGCUUUUAUCCAUACAAGGUAAGUGUAAUUAAACAAAAGACCUGAAAUUCAGUAAUAACAGUGCAAACCUGGAUCCAUAUCAGAGGUAUUGGUCUGAUAUAAUGUGGCUGAGUAAUAUUGCAGAAUACACUCACAGCACUUAAGGGACACAGCAUGAAUAGGCAAAGGUGUCUCAGCAUUCAAUUCUUUGUUAGCAUUAGAUUCAAAAUGGCACCGUUAGCACUUAAAUGUCAUCUUUUCACUCAUAAGAACUCAAAUGAGUUCACACUGAGGUGAAGUCCUUUAUUUAACAUAAUAGUAACAUUACAAAAUGGAAGUCUCGCACUCUAGGUUGAAGGCACACGAAAUACAAAAUUGAAUUGCCUUUUUAAAGUUGUCCAGAAAUUUCUUAGGUUAAAACUUUUUAUGACAUGAAAAUAAAAACUAAUGAGAGAGAUUGCUUUAUAUUACUGCAUUAUUGUUGAAGGCUGGUUCACCUUGUCUGAAAUAUAAUUAUGGUCCAAGAUUAAUAGAACCACCUGUAAAGCUAACUCUUUGACUGAUCUUUCCUUUCAGGAUUUGAAAUGUCAGAUACUCUUGAACAAUUUACUCAAUUUCCAUUGCCAAUGUAAUACUUUUCAUUAGUAGACUUUUGUUUGCCUUUUUUACAGACAGACAAAUGUCUAGUGGUCAGCCUUAUUUUUUUAUGCUACAGUUGUAAAUAUCAACUGGGAAACUAAUAAUAAAAAAAAUAAGAUGCCAUCAAAAACUGCACACGAUAGAUGCAAUAACUGCGGUACAUAUAGCAAAUGUGUGGUCAGGAGAUCAUAAAUUUAAAUGGCUGUAGAAUCGUAGUCUAUAUAAUUCCUUUAGACGAUGUCUUCACAUCUUUUUUCAGUAUAUUGUCAGAGAAGAGCAGGGACGUUCCUGCGGUCUGGAGCUCCUCGCAGGUUCUUUGGGUUCUGCUCAUGUUCCAUUGGUUCCAUUGGUUCUCAGCGGGAUUUAAGUCAGAUGAAGCCAAUGGCCGACUCCAUCCCAUUCAAGCUCCGCCUCCACACUGUCAUAGAAACUAGCGCCGUUAUCCUGCUGUCUUGCGCUUAAAAGAGGUUGCAAACCAAGGGGUCAGGUGGCGGGGGACGGAUUUAAAAAAAUAAAUCAAAAAGUAAAUAUUCAAAUAUAAGCCACUGCUCAGAACUGCUACAGUAUGCGUUUCUCUGUAAUUAUUUUUGGUUCCCAGGAUAAGAAUUAUUUGUAAAUGGCAAUAAAGUCUGUCAAUAAAGACUGUUAAGUCUUACUGUUUACUCUUCUGCUUUCAUUACCCAAAAUGUACAAUAUAGUGAAUCUGCUGCCUGUCAGCACAAAGUUAGCAGUUCUGUAAACCAAACCAGAGUAUUGUUCCAAGGGAAUUUAUCCAUGUGUUCAUAAUCAACAACUAUUUCUGCAGAACAAGUAAGAAUUCGUAGACGCAAGGCAAAGUGGGACAGCGUUAAUUCAGAGUGCCUGACUUGGCCUUGGGAACCUACAGUGUCUAUAGCCUGUACUGUGCAGUGCCCUAGAGCUUUUCUCCAGGAGCCUAUCCAGUCAACCUUCCCUUGUACAAUACAGAGGCACUGUCACAAAGACACUUAACAGGAAAACUGAGGAAGACCGAGAGAUU